UACCAACGGCGAGGUACGUUACGUACUACCAGCGUAGAACUGGUUAAUUUUGUUUCCCGGUUCGCUUCGGUUUUGAUCAAUUUUUAGGUUACUACUUGCUAGGACGUUUUUGAGACAGAAGUCACAGAACAUAUUUCGUUGUCGGUUUGGUUAGAAAUUUCUGGUCUAGUUUAAUUAGGUACAAUUAAGGAUUUAUUGCUUGUUUUUGGUUUCCUUCGGUUUGAAUAGUAAAAUCAUGUUUUCAGGUCAGUUUUUUUUCAUGCAGAAAAUGGACAAAUUUUUAUUUAGUAUAAAAAAAUAAAUCUAUUAUAUUAAAAGAGAAGUCAUGACUUCAUUCAUGUGUGAUAUUUUAAAAUAGAUUGUCUACUAGAAAAUUAGCUAAAUAAUUGUAUAACAGUUUUACUUUAGAAAAUUGAGCCUUUAAUUGUAUGUAUACAUCACGUGGCUCAUUAUAUGUAAACAAUUGCAUAACAAUUGUUUUGCAAGGUGGUUAUACUUACCGUAUUUCAUACAAACAGUUAGGACCAAUUUUCAUAUCUAUACUAUUAAAGCAGAAUCCCUCCUAGGACUCUGCCCCUGCUUUUUCAGUAUAUUUACAACCAAAUGCCACUGCCUUUUUUUUUCUUUUUUUUUUAACGAAAAUCGUCCAUAUUUAUUGACCAAUCAGAAGCAACUAUUUUAAAAUCCAAUUACAGCAACAUUAAAACCAAAACAGACUCGACCGAAUCACAACAACUUUAAGCCCAAUCUAAUAAAGCCCAUUUCGGAUGUAACAUAAACCAAUCUAAUAAAACUCAGAACAAACCCUAUAUCCAAAUACCAUAAAAUUUGAAUUUUUUUUCAUGAAUUUUAAAAAUAUAGUAUUUACAUUGUACUACCACCAUAAUGAAACCAUCAAUUUAAAUAUCAAUUUUGAACAAUAGUUAAUACAGUAUAUAUACAAUUUAUCAAUUAGUGGAUCUAUAAAGAAUAAAAAAUGUAUUUUUAGUUGAAUUAAACUUUUAAACAGCGACUAAUUCCAAUAUCCCUUGCAAACCAAAUCUUUCCCCCGAUUAUAUAGCUUAACUCAUUUAAUUAUUGAAAUCGAUUCAAUAGAUUAGAAAGAAUAUUCUGAUUUUUAACUACUUGGUCAUUAAUCGAUACAAUUUAUUUCUACUAAAGAAAAUAUUUGCUAGAAGAUUAUGCAAGUUAUACCUGAUAUCACGGUGCAAAGGAUUCAAUUAAUAAACUUAACGUGAGCACACCCACCGAAUAUUAUGAAGCUUUCAAAAUGGUAACAAUAUCAACAAUAAAUUAUAUCAAUUUAUAGUUAGCAAAUCUGGUGGGAUACGAUUUGGAGUUGGCCCUAAGGUUUCGUAAUAACCUAAGCAUCUCUCCCUUUAACCUCUACAUAUUAUAAAUAUCCAAGACUAUCUUCCUAUUGAAUCCACUAUCGUCAAAAAGUCUACUGUCAAAGACACCUAUGGCUUCUAACAUGCAAAUCCAAAAGCGAAAGCUUCUAAGGAGAACGUGACAUGCAUUAACGAUUUGAAGCCCUGGAAGAAUAUUUGGUCAUGGACGAGCUCAGUUACGACCGGCAGGAAUUAGAAGCUGAUCUUCAGCGUGACACUCCAAAACUUACGGAUGAGCAAAAGAAGAUUUUUGAUGAAAUUACUGAUGCUGUUAUUACGAAAAAAGGAGGCGUCUUUUUUGUCUAUGGAUUUGGUGGUACAGGCAAAACUUUCUUAUGGAGAUUGCUUUCUGCAGCAGUACGUGUCAGGGGCGAAGUAUGUCUGAAUGUUGCCUCAAGUGGUAUAGCUUCCCUAUUGCUACAGGGAGGAAGGACUGCACAUUCUCGAUUUGGAAUUCCUAUAAAUCCAGAUGAAUUCUCCACUUGCUCACUUACAAAAGGAACUGAUAAAGCAGAGCUGGUAAAAGCAGCGUCCCUUAUAAUUUGGGAUGAAGCUCCAAUGAUGAGUAAACACUGUUUUGAAUCAUUGGAUAGGAGUAUGUUAGACAUUGUUGGAGACAAUGAUAAGAGACCUUUUGGUGGCAAAGUUGUCGUAUUUGGUGGAGACUUUAGACAAGUAUUGCCUGUCAUUCAUGGAGCUGGAAGGGCUGAGAUCGUUAUGGCUGCUCUUAAUUCAUCUUAUCUUUGGAAGCAUGUAAAAGUUUUGCAAUUAACCAAGAAUAUGCGGCUACUGUCAAAUAAUCUAUCUACUGAAGAGGCAAAAGAAUUGCAAGAGUUUUCACAAUGGAUAUUAGACAUUGGAGAUGGAAAGAUUGGUGAUGGAAAUGAUGGGGAAGCUCUUAUCGACAUUCCAGAAGAGUUCUUAAUUCUUGAUGCUGAUGAUCCAGUGGAAGCUAUAAGCGCAGCAGUAUAUGGAGAUGCUACUUCUUUACACCAGAAGGACCCAAAGUUUUUUCAAGAGAGAGCUAUACUGUGUCCUACUAACGAGGAUGUGAACAUUAUUAAUCAACAUAUGCUGGAUAAGCUUGAUGGUUACUUACGAUUCCUUGAACUUUACAUGAAUUAUUUUGUUAGAUGUUUGGUUUUUGGUCACUAGAGUAACACUUUACUGUUUUAAUGCAGGAGAGGAAAGAAUAUACUUAAGCUCUGAUUCUAUCGACGCUUCUGAUAAGUUUUCUGUUAAUGACCAAGCUCUCACUCCAGAUUUCUUAAACAGAAUUAAAGCAUCAGGAUUGCCAAAUCAUAUUCUGCGACUGAAAGUUGGUUG